UUAAAUAAGCUAUCAACCUUCAAUUUAAUGGCUAAUUCUGUCACUCUUUUCGCCAUUAUUUUCUCAUGUUUCCUCCUCCAGCAACUAGUUUGCACAAAUAGCCAAAAUGUUAAGGGAGGAUACUGGUUUAAGGACAGUGGAUUAGCAUUAAACAACAUAGAUUCAACACUUUUCACUCAUCUAUUUUGUGCAUUUGCCGAUCUUAAUCCUCAAUUAAAUCAGUUAAUUAUUUCGCCGGAAAAUCAAGAUUCAUUCAGGCAAUUUACAAGUACAGUUCAAAGGAAAAAUCCUUCGGUCAAGACUUUCUUGUCUAUAGCUGGAGGAAGAGCUAAUUCAACUGCCUAUGGAAUUAUGGCUAGACAACCAAAUUCAAGAAAAAGUUUUAUUGAUUCAUCAAUAAGAUUGGCUAGACAAUUAGGAUUUCAUGGCCUUGAUCUUGAUUGGGAAUAUCCAUUAUCAGCUGCAGACAUGACAAACUUAGGGACCCUUUUGAAUGAGUGGCGCACCGCUAUCAACACGGAGGCGAGAAAUUCCGGUAGGGCGGCACUACUUCUCACGGCGGCGGUUUCCAACUCACCCCGAGUCAAUGGGUUGAACUACCCAGUUGAAUCAUUGGCAAGAAACUUAGACUGGAUUAACCUUAUGGCCUAUGAUUUCUAUGGACCAAAUUGGUCACCAUCACAAACCAAUUCACAUGCACAAUUAUUUGAUCCUGUGAACCAUGUUAGUGGAAGUGAUGGAAUUAAUGCAUGGAUUCAAGCUGGUGUUCCAACAAAAAAAUUGGUGCUUGGAAUUCCAUUUUAUGGCUAUGCGUGGCGAUUAGUUAACGCGAAUAUUCACGGUCUUAGAGCACCUGCUGCCGGAAAAUCAAAUGUUGGUGCGGUCGAUGAUGGGUCGAUGACUUAUAACAGAAUUAGGGAUUAUAUAGUGGAGAGUCGCGCCACGACUGUGUAUAACGCUACCAUUGUUGGAGAUUAUUGUUACUCUGGUAGUAAUUGGAUUAGCUAUGAUGAUACUCAAACUGUUAGAAAUAAGGUUAAUUAUGUUAAAGGUAGAGGAUUGCUUGGUUAUUUUGCAUGGCACGUUGCAGGGGAUCAAAAUUGGGGACUUUCUCGUACAGCUUCACAAACAUGGGGAGUGUCAUUUCAAGAGAUGAAGUGAUGGAUUACGUAAUUGUGUUUGUCAAGUAUCCUACUUAUAAUAAGGUGACAGAUAUGUGAACUAUGACAUAAAUAAAAUAAAUAAUAAAUCGUGUUCCCCAAUUUUAUUUUUCUACGAAUAAUAUAUUUCUUCCCCCUUUGGGAGUACAUUAGGUUUA